UUUAUUCACAAUAUCGAUUGUCAUCAAAAUUUAGAAUUAAACUUCACACGUCAGUUUGGUCUUAGCUGUCUAAUUAGUUGUGACAACGUGGGAAUGGGUUUUAACAUUUCUAUGAAUGGCAAAGAAUCUUAUCAGGGAAGGGUUAUUUAUCGUGUUGAUGACAGGGAAGCACAGUCUAUAAAGAAAGUGUGGAGAUACGUCGAAAGUAAUCUUCAGAGCUGCGCAACAUCCUUUUACCAAAUAUUCUUUAGAAGUCAUCCAAAGUACGUGAAGUAUUUCCGCGAAGAUAAUAUACCGGAAUUUGUACUGGAUGCGAGAAUGCAAAAAAAAUUUGGUACAAUUUGCUCUAUAUUGAGUGCAUUCUUUAUUGAUUAUUACAAUAGACCUUCCCAGAGAGAACAUCUACUAGGAUAUAUGGCUAUGGUUCAUAAAGAUAUGUUACUGACAUCAAUUGACUUUGAAAAUUUCGUUAUGAGUUUGAUAGACAUGCUAGUACGGACGCAACCAAAACUAAUGUCAGCUGAAUGUACAUUGGCUCAUUUGAAAUAUCUUACUUCGUUAACUAACAGGAUGCUGUAUCUUAUUGAACUGCAGAUGCAAAAUGACAUUGCACAGGAUAAUGACGCUCAGGAGGAAUCAAAGACGAGAUGUCGCUGGUUUAAAAGAAAAGACAAUACAAUUAUGUAUGGGCGACCUUUGGAAUAUUGGCAAGCACAGAAAAGAUAUUGGCACUCGAGACUCGCACUUUGGGCAUCCUUAAAUGAUGAAUCGUACUUGUCCAUUACACGAAAACACGGAACGAUUAGUUUGUCGCUUUCAGUUUUAGAGAAAAAUAAAGAAGAGCUUGCAGGUCAUUUGAUGAAUAGAAAACCUGAUAACUUAAUCGUAACACAGAUACACAGCAGCACUGAGAGUAGCGACAUGGUCAAUCGUAUAAAAGAAGCGCAUAGAAUUUUUCAAGCUAAUAAAAUAGCGAACAUCCCAAUUUUGUCGCAUAAUGAAAAACAGCCGCAAAGAGAUAGAAGACGUCGUUGGCGAAAAUCUGAUGGCAAUUUCGAAACCCUCAGUUUUAGUCAAGUUUCUCACACUGACGGGAAACGGAGUAUGCAUAGAUCUUUAGAAACACAACCCAGUAGAGUACCUAUAAAAAAUACUCAAGCAUUUUUGGAUGCAGUACAGGCAUUGAAGUCGAUGAAAAAUACUUCUGAUUCGGAGAAAGUAUAUAAUUCUAUUAAUACUGUGCCACAUGUCACACGUUUUUCGGCAAGAGAAAGAAAAAGACUCAAGGACAAUGUUCGACGGACUCAAGAUACGCUGGCUUCGCCGGAGAAAGUCGGAGCGAAUACAAGUAAAAAUCUUGAGUUAAAAUAUUUUAAAACAGUAUCAGAAAAGUGGGGGAUUACCAUCUAUCCCAGUGAUUACCCUUUCCAUAGAAAAUAA